AUGGAGAGUGAGAAGGAGCUGAGCACCGGGGAUGUGAACCGGGUUCUGACCGAGUUCGGGAUGUUUGUGCUGCGGGGGGCAGUGCUGCUCUGGCCGGUGUAUGUGUGUGGAGCGCUGGGUCUGAGUGCUAGCUGGCUCGUGCUGUCGGUGCUGCUGUGGGGACUGUGGGAGAAAAACAGGCAACGUAAGGGCCGGCGAGUCAACGAUGCCAUUCACUUCGUGGAGAACGAGGGGCAUGUGAUCCAGAAAGAGAUGGUACAGACGCUCAACUCUCCCGCAUGGAUUCAGUUUAGUGAAGUUGAGAAGGCUGCCUGGAUUAACAAGAUUCUUACCCAUGCCUGGCCAUUCUUUGGAGUCUUCAUGGACAAGCUCUUGAGAGACAGCAUCCAGCCAGCAAUCAGACAAUCCAGCCCUCAUCUCAAAACCUUCAACUUCACCAGGGUCCACUUUGGUCAUAGGGCUCCAUCCAUUACCGGUGUGCAAGUGCACACUGAUGAAGUGGACAAAAGGGAAGUCAUCCUGGACCUUAAAAUCACCUAUGUGGGUGAUAUAAACAUUGACGCAGAUUUAAAGCCACGCAUCUCUGUAGGAGUCAAAGAAAUUCAGCUUCAGGGCCUGCUCCGCGUAAUUCUCCAACCUCUGAUUGGACAGUCGCCACUUGUGGGCGGGGUCUCCAUGUUUUUCAUCCGCCGCCCAACCUUGAACCUAAAUUGGACUGGGAUGACCAAUCUUCUGGAUAGUCCAGCACUACGUCCCUUUUCAGAAUCUGCUAUCUUGGACAUCAUCGCUUCAUACAUGGUUCUGCCGAACCGUAUGUGUUUCCCACUGAUAGACCAGGUCAAAGUGGACCAGAUGAGGUUUCCACUACCCAGAGGUGUGGUGCGUGUCCAUGUGCUGGAGGCUCAGGAGUUGGUAGCCAUGGACACGGUGAUGUUGGGGCUGGUCAAGGGCAAGUCCGAUCCAUACGCAGUUCUGAGGGUUGGCAACCAGCGAUUCCGAACAAAGACUGUUAAAGAGACAUUAAACCCUCGGUGGAACGAGGUGUAUGAGUUUAUAGUUCAUGAAGCUCCAGGACAGGAACUAGAAGUGGAGCUUUUUGAUAAGGACACAGACAAGGAUGACUUUAUGGGCAGGUUUAAGCUGGAUUUUGGGGAGGUGAAGAAAGACAAAGAGAUAAAGAGGUGGUUCCCCCUGCAGGAGAUAGAAAGUGGAAAAGUGCUCAUGAAAUUGCAGUGGCUCUCUCUACAGACAGAUCUAGAGUUACUGAAAGAGACUCCUGAAGGCUGCGCUUGUGCAAUGCUUGCUGUGUACUUGGACAGUGCUUCUCAGCUGCCUAAAGACCAGAGUGAAUUCACCCAGCUUGAAAAAUCUCGAAAACAGUCCAAAGAGGCAAGGCUCACUAAAAGGCAAAGCAACCCCAGCUCAUAUGUGAAGUUCUCCGUAGACGAGCAAAGCCAGAAAAGCAAGAUUGUGUAUAACUCCAGAGAUCCUGUUUUUGAGGAGUGUUUUACAUUCUUCGUGCACAAUCUGGAAAGCCAGAUGCUCAACAUUCAGGUAAUGGUGCCUGAAAAGAAAACAUCACUGGGCAUGCUCAAUCUGCCUCUGAGUCGACUGCUUGGUAUCUCAGACCUGACCCUGGACCAGCGCUUACCUCUGGAACGCUCUGGAGCAAAUAGCCAGCUUAAGCUUAAAGCCGUUCUAAGGAUCCUGAAGCUGGAAAAGCCCGCGCCCAAAGUUCAGAACCCUCCAGUACCAAAACCUCAAGUAGGGCCUCAAGCCAAUGCCCUUCAGUCUCAGCAGCCCCAGCAAACCUUCUCCCAGAAUGGUCUUAACUCCUCCAAACUUGAGCUGAACAAUCAAGCCUCCACGCUGUCCCAGAUGCCCAAUUCUGCCAGCUCCACCGGCGGGCUCCAGAGCGAGUGCAUGCCCUCCCGGAGAGGCUCCUUCCUGAGCCCAGAGACUCGCGGCUUAGGGUCCACCAAAUCAUCUGGAAUGCGCCGCUACGACUCCCACAGCCUCCUCUCGGAGAACUCCAUCGCGUCGUCACGCUUCGACCUGACUGAAGGGGUCCCUUACCCAGAUGCCAUUAUGAAUCACCAGGGCAGCUUUGGUCAGAUCCAGAUGUCUAUCCGCUAUGCAACACUAAGAAACAAGCUCAUUGUGACAGUCAAUAAUUGCAGGAACUUGUUCCCCUGUAGCGACAGUGGAUCGGACACUUACGUUCGCAUUUACCUGCUUCCUGACCAAAAAUGGAAGAAUCGCAUGCGGACAAAAGUUAAGAAGAAGACAGUGGACCCUAUAUUUGAUGAGAAGUUUGAGACUUCUGUACCAUUGGAAGAGGCCAAGACCAGAAAGUUGGAUGUUUCUGUGAAAAACAAUCGAAUGUUUCACACAAGAGAAAGAAAGGAGAUUGGCAUGGUCCUGAUUGAUUUGGCCCAAGUGGAUCUGGUGAAGGGUUUCACAAAUGUGUAUGAGCUGACGAUCCCUGGGCUGAAGAAGACUAUUUAGUGAAAUAAAGG